AUGUCGUCAUCCUCAUCAUCGACAAAAUUUGAAACUAAUCGUAAUAGAUUACCAUUAAAUGAUGAUGAUAGUAAUAAUAAAAAUGUUAAUACCAUUGAACAAUUAUCUAAGCCAUCGACAUCGUCAUUAAAAUUGGGCAAAAAACGUCGUAAUCAUGAUUCCGAUUCUGGAUAUCAGAAUCCAAUUCGUGCAGAAUUGAAACGAAAAGCAAUAGAAAUGGGUGCUCAUUAUGAACCGGAAUGGAAUUCAAAUUGUACACAUUUAAUAUGUGCAUUUAAAGAUACACCUAAAUAUAAUCAUGUUAAACAUAGUGGUGUUGGAAAAAUUGUACGUGAACAAUGGAUUAUUGAUUCGUAUGAACAACGUAAACGUUUAUCAUGUCAAAAGUAA